CUUGACUUGACUGUACCCUCCCCUCCCCUCAUCCUCAUCCUCAUCCUCUCUACGCGCAUUGGUGAUUGUGGUUACCGGUUGCGGAAAAACACAAAUGCCAAUUUUUUCGUGACGUUAUUUCGUUUUUAACUACGUACCAAUAUGAUUGAGGAGGUACAGAGACAUUCGGUUCAUACUCUAGUAUUCCGUUCCCUUAAACGAACACACGAUGUAUUUAUCAGCAACCAAGGCAUGUUACCACCAGUCGAUGAAACAGCAGAAAAAAUUCGCAAAGCGGUGAAAGCUAGAGAUACUUAUGGUCUUGUCAUGGAUAGAGUAAGACAAAAUGCCCUGAGACCUCCACAGCAAGCUAUUAUGAAUGGAAUGGCGGAUAAACAGCCCCUAGCUAUAACAGAUGGAAGUAUACCAGGAGAGACACCAAAUGUCCCUGUAGUAGGCACAGUGCCUGGAACCAUGGCACUGACUACCUCUGGAGGUGGUGGACCUGGAACUCAAACUCUUGUACCUCGCAAGGCUCCAGCUAUGCCAAAACCGAAGUGGCAUCCUCCAUGGAAAUUGUACAGAGUCAUAUCUGGUCAUUUGGGCUGGGUUCGCUGUGUGGCUGUUGAACCUGGCAAUGAGUGGUUUGCUACAGGAUCGAAUGACAGAGUUAUCAAGAUUUGGGAUCUGGCCAGCGGAAGGUUAAAGGUUUCUCUAACUGGCCAUAUUAGUAAUGUUCGUGGCCUUGCUGUAAGUUCACGACAUCCUUACCUAUUCAGUUGCGGUGAAGAUAGACAGGUCAAGUGUUGGGACCUAGAGUAUAACAAGGUCAUCCGUCACUACCACGGGCACCUUAGUGCAGUCUACUCACUUGCUCUUCAUCCAACAAUAGAUGUACUGAUAACUGCUGGUCGAGAUUAUACAGCUCGUGUGUGGGACAUGAGAACAAAAGCAAACGUGCAUACUCUUGUAGGGCACUCAAAUACCAUUGCCAGUGUCAUAAGUCAAGUUGCAGAACCACAGGUUGUCACAGGAAGCCAUGACUGUACCAUUCGCCUGUGGGAUCUUGCUGCAGGAAAAUCAAGGUGUACUUUAACAAAUCACAAAAAGAGUGUCCGGUCUGUUGUGUUCCAUCCAAGUCUGUAUAUGUUUGCAUCAGCAUCUCCUGAUAAUAUUAAACAAUGGAUGUGUCCAGAUGGGAAGUUCACUCAAAACCUCUCUGGACACAAUGCCAUAGUAAAUUGUCUAGCUGUGAAUCCUGAUGGUGUUCUUGUGUCUGGAGGCGACAAUGGCACAUUGCACUGUUGGGAUUGGAGAACUGGUUACAACUUCCAGAGAUUACAGGCACCAGUCCAACCUGGAUCUAUGGACAAUGAGUCAGGAAUAUUUGCAAUGACUUUUGAUCAGUCAGGUAGUCGACUUAUCACAACUGAAGCAGACAAAACUAUUAAAAUUUAUAGAGAAGAUGAUACAGCUACUGAAGAGAGUCAUCCAAUAAACUGGCGCCCUGAAAUUUUGAAACGGAAGAAGUAUUAAGGUCUAAGAGGUGCUUCUCCAUGUAUAUUAAUGUAAAAUAAUAAGUAUGGAUAUUGCCUUGAA